ACAGUUGAGGGGAAAAGUCGUUUCAUUUUAAGGAAUGGAAAUAAAUGCGGGUAUUUUGAGACAGAGCUUCUUUUUGCAAGAUGCAUUUUUAGAACGGCUUUAAUCUUCGAGCCAUAUUCCGUAAGCACUUUAUUUGCGAUCAAGGCCGAACUUCAUUAAAUAAAUAAGUUCCUGUUAGAAGCAAGACAAGGUAAGGAAAAGUGGAGUUUAUUUUGAAAAGACAGGGUCCGCCCGGACGUGCGUAGGAGAUCAGCUGACGUGAGCAAAACAAAUAUGGCCGCAGAGCACCGUUACGAGUGAUUUUUUUUUACUCUAUUCGCUGUGUUUUUCCGUAAAAUGGGUUUCCAUCGUCAUAUUUAAACAACUUGAUUGAUUUACAAGGAAACGUGGAAGUUUUUGUCGACCAAACAAGUCUGGCGGACGAACGGAAGUGAAGCGUUUGAACGUAAACAUCCGCUACGCGUGUUGGCUGCGGCUGGUCUCCACUGUCGCUUCAGCGCAUGGUUCCGAGCCGUAACAUGAUUUACUGCUUCGCCUGGCACCGGGGACUCACCACAACAGGAGGCCGGAUCGCAGCGUGGCAGUGAGGCGCGUGGACCUCGCCAUGGGCUUGGCGGCCUCCGUGGUCUUCUUCGUGGUGACGCUGACGGAAUGGUUCUGUCUUCUGCUGGACCUCAACUUCCUGCUGGUCCACUCCAUCGUCCAGACUGUGCUGGCGGUAGCCCGCUUCGUGCAGGCGCUUCCGAGCCUGUGCGUGGGCUGCUGCGUGUCCGCGGCCGCCACCGUGAGCUGCGCCGCCGGCGGCCUGCUGGGCAGCCUGCUCCUGGCUGUGGAGGGGCUGCUGGAGGGCGCCAAGAUGGCGGGCUACCUCUGCGCGCACCUGGUGCUCCGCGGGAAGGAGCAGCUGCACCGGAGCCUGGAGGCAGCCGUGGAGGGCCUGGACAUCGCCCUGAGCCUGGCGCUCUACUUCACCAACACCGUCAUCAACUUGCUGCUCAUGGCAGCUCAGAAACUCCUGCUGGCGUUGGCGUGGCUCCUGCAGGUGACGUGGGCCCCUCUGAACCGGAUCCUGGAGGCGCUGCUCACCUUGCUCCACAGCAGCCUCCUGGCCACUGCCGCCCUCUUGUGGCCCUUGUUGGACUUCUCGGUGACAUUCGUCCACAUGUUCAGCAGCGUCUUCAUACUCAACUUCUAUGGCCUGAUGCUGACGCUCGCGGUAGCGCUGACCACGGCGGCGUACCUCAAUCCCCGAGCGGCCCGCCGGGGCUGGCUCCGCCUCCUGGACCGCCUGGACUUGUCCCCUGCCGCGCGGCGGCUGCACGCUGCCGCUGCAGGCUUCCUGCAGAGCUGCCUUCAAGACGGACAGGAAGUGAUGCGUGCUGCCGCUCGCCGCUGCCGUAGACUUCGCUCCGUCCUGGAACGGUUCCAGCUGGACCUCGCUCAGGGCCGCAGCCACAUCCGGCUCCAGCAUCCCCCCCGAGUGGGCGGCGAUGGAGAACCUGGGGAGGAGAGGCGGGUGCCUCCGGAUGGAAGCGCAGAAGAAGCCGCUCACGCAGAGCCUGGCUCACCCUCCUGCAGCGUGGAGAAGAAGCGGCCUCCGCCGGAGGAUCUCUUCACCCUCUUCACUGAGCAGGAGGAGAGGAAGAGGUGCGUGAUCUGCCAGGACCGGGUCAAGACGGUGGUCCUGCUGCCUUGUCGCCACCUCUGCCUGUGUCGCGACUGCAGCGGCGUCCUGCAGCGGCAGCCCAUCUACCAGCAGAACUGCCCCCUGUGCCGGCGCAUGAUCCUCAACACUGUGGACGUCUAUCUGUGAGGAGCUGCAGAUGCCAGUCCAGGGUGGACCAGGGUCGGUCCGUGACCACGGUGGGAAGAGCCUUGACGUGCUGCUGCCUUCGCUCUGUGUUCAGGAGCUCUGCAGCAAACUGUAGUAGCUCACCUGUGUUGUUUACGGUUCCACACCCUCUGUUGAAGAGUCCCUAUAAUCUGAAGCUCAGUCCUCACAGUUAAAGCUACACGUUAAAAGCAGAAUUACUGAAGAAAGAAACGCCUGUUUACGUCCUGUGAUGCCACUUUUUCAGGGUCAGGAGGCCUCUGUUUUAAAGGGCUUUCUCACAUGCUCAGUUGGCCUUGAUGUCAUGGUUACCAUCUGAAUCGACAGACCUGAGGCCCAGUUCUGAGUGAGUUCAGUUCCCAUCCAGCAGAACUUGUCCCACCGUUCGGGUUUCAGAUCCGUCACGCUUGAAAUAUGGUGUGGUUUUCCUUGUCAGUGUAGGAGAGAGGCGGACGCACACAGGGAGCUUCCCUGGAGGUUUGGGCUCCUGCAGAGCCAAAUGGUUUAGUGUUUCUGGGAUCAAUGCUGAAAUGUUGAAACUGUGACGACCGUCUGUGUUAUGUUGAUGCUCUGAUGCAGGCGAGUGCCAUGUGUCACGUGGUGCCUUCAUGUUCUGAGCAGAGCGCGCAGACUGAAUGAUCUGCAGCAUCAGGUCACCACUGUGUGCCAUUCCCCACAAUGACCUGUGUGACCAAAGUGAAUGUGAGACUCUGAAGAGAGACGUUUGUAUUAAAAAACAACAACAAUAAACUGAGUUUUUUCUCUGGGUGUUGAGUUUUAAAAUCCACUACAUUUGCACUUGAGGUGUUUUGGCCAGCAGGGAGCGCCAGAACUGAAGCUGGGAUUCCUCUCAGCUGACGCCUGUCUCAGUACAGGAUCCGGGAAAGUCAAGGCAUCUACUUUUAAGAAAAUAACCUUAUGAAAAUAACAGUUAGGCCACAAAGCAAUGAACAGUGACUGAAAACAAAACAAAACAAAACUAAAACAG